AUGUCCUACGGCAUCGAUCUCACCAUGUUCGGGCCACUGGCGCCCGAGGCCACGGCGACAGACCAGGAUGCGAUGAAUGAGAAUAUGUUCGUCAAGGAUGAGACCGAAGUCCAAGGGGAAGGCAUCCCUCCAACGUCGACUCGUUUUACAGCCCAAUAUGCGCAAAUGGAUGCGGUAGGCCUUAGUCAACCGUCAAUCACCCCCGUGGAGGCCGCCCCUGCAGGAGUUCAGCCUGCUUCACUUGAGCAUGAAGAGCCACGUUUGACGACUUCUGCGCCGACUUCUGCGCCGACUUCUGCGCCAUCUUCAUACAAGCGCCAAUUCUCUCCUGCCACCUCUCGGUACAUCCUGAGCCGUCUCCACCAGGGAAGUGACAGGAAGCUGUUCUCAUCAGCACCUAACCCACGGAAAGACGAGCCUCCUGCACCUUCAAAGACUAGCGACGAAGGUGCUCUGCACUGUCCCGUGGACUUGUCCACCCUGCCCCAGACGUUGCACUUGCCUGAUCCCACGCACAAGGCUUCCUCAAUAAUCGCACUGAGCCAACCGCCCUCCGCCGGAGCCAAGCGGAAGCGAGCGGUAGGAGACGAGGCCGCACGGAUGUCGUCAAAUCUUCCUGCCUACUCAGAACCCGAGAUUCUCAGGCGGCCGAUGCCCAGGCCGCCCUUGAAGAGGAAGCGGGCCAAGGGUGACGGUAACGGCCACCCGAUGUGCACGAACUGCAAGCGCACUUCUUACACCUCCGCCAACCGCAUCGUCCUCUGCUCUUGCGGCGAGGCCUGGCACCAACUCUGCCACAACCCCGAGAUCUCGGACGAAGUCGCCGUCGACCUGCACCGGUUCCAGUGCCGCACCUGCGAGGUCGAGGAGAAGGAGCAUGCCAAGUACCAGCGCCAGCUUGCCCUGUAUCGUGAGGCGAAACAGGAGCAGGCGGAGUGGAAGAAGCAGCACAACGACAUUGAGCGGAGACGUGAGAAGCGCCUUGCUACGUUACCCAAGUUCCCCAAGACGGAGAUCGUCGGCUUUGAGGCGGGCAACGCGAGUCCUGCGGAGAGACGAGAGUAUUUUGGGGAUCUGAUGCAGAGCGACCUAGUCAACUUGCUUAUCUUCAGCAAUGAACUCCAACCGGGUCUCCUCGCAGACGUACUCGUCUCCAUCUCCAAAAAGCAUCCGGAACUUCCCAUCUUUGGGUCCCCCAACUGGGCGCAGCCGAAAGUCCCCCAGCAAGAAGCUCAACGUCCACGCCAAAAUAACCCGGCGCGUCCCAAGGCCAGUAAGCAGCGCUCUAAGACGGGCGGCGUGCGCAAGAUCCUGAAGACGGCACCGGCAGAGGCCGCUGACCCGGCAGCUAACGAGGCGGACGACGACGACGCGCUGCCCGAGUCGUGGCCCAAGGCCGGCCACGGCCUUUACGCGAAACUGAAGCCCGAGAAGGAGGACCCGUUCCUCCUCGACGACAAUGACGAGGAGGCGUUUAGCCACUUCAUGGUAGACCCGCGAGGGAAGCAGAUCAUGGAGCCGCUGCGGCCCGCAGAGUCACGCGUCGCAGGGGAGGCGGCGUUGGCCGAGGGGAGCACCGUCGAGGUGCCUUUGACUCAGCAGGGAGGACAGCAGGCUAUAGGAGAAUCCUCUGGUACCAUGGUGGCGAUCGGAAAGAACACCACCGAGGUGCAGAAGAGGAAGAAAAAACCACGAACAUCUAGCCGGAGCCAGCAGGCCGUCAUCGACAAGGACGUCUACGUCAUUUCGAAAGAGCUUGGAGGUUUGGAGCCGUGGUUUUGA